GUUUAAGAUGCUGAUGCUGAUGUGGAUUACAGUGGUGAUUUUUAGUCAUACAGAUUCUGCCCAAAUGAACAUCGUCAAUCAGCCAAACCCAGUGAUCACUGCAGCUUCUGGAGAUAACGUGACUCUACAUUGCCUUCGAAUGAAAGAUGGAACCACUGAAGCCAUCACUUGGUACAAACAAGCAUUAGGACACGAGCCUCGUGCAAUGGUCACAGUUUAUAAACUAGCACAGAAGCACAUUUUUGAAGAUCAGUUCAACUCGCCGAGGUUUUCUGUGGAGAAUUUAAAAGAAAGCUGCAACUUGAAAAUUACUAACGUGGAACCAUCAGAUGAAGCCGUGUAUUACUGUGGAUUAAAAAAGCUUAUAAUAGUGUUUGGAAAAGGAACUUUUUUAUCAGUAAGAGGUGAUGGAGAUGUAAAAGUGUCAGUGUUCCAGAGCGGCGUGUCGGACUCGGUUCCUGCAGGAGCGUCAGUGACUCUGCAGUGCUCGGUUCUCUCUGAGAGCAGAUCAGCAGAAUUCCAAGUGCUCUGGUUCAGAGCUGCUCCACCACAAUCCCAUCCUCAAAUCAUUUACACUCAUCACAACAGCAGCCGUCAGUGUGAGAGCGGCUCUUCUACACACCCCUGUGUGUACAACUUCUCCAAGAACAUCCUCAGCCUCAAUGAUACUGGAACUUACUACUGCGCUGUGGCCGUGUGUGGGAAGAUCAUUUUUGGGAACGGGACACGAGUACAAUUGAAAGAAUCUGUGGAUCCUGUAGUGAUCUUCCUCGCUGUAGCUUUGGGAGUGUGUGUGAUUGUGAUCUCUGUUCAAGUUGUUUUAUUCUGUAAAUGGAGGAACCGUGAACAACACACACGUAAGUGUUCAAUAGACCGUGACUCUGUGGAGCUGAAUUAUGCUGCCUUACAUUUUAAUGAAAAGAAAAGCAAAGGAGGAAGAAAAAGCAGAGAACGACCUCAAGACAGCGUGUACUCUGAAGUCAGAUCUCUCGCCACGACUUAA